GCGGGACUCUGGGCUGUACGUGUGGCAGAGCUGAAUGUAGUCGAUUGAGUCCACCUAGCUAAACAGCGUAUCGCACAGUCACCAGGUUUUUGGGCGAAAAUGGUGAAAAUAACAGUAGUGAAAACCAAGCCAUACACAGACCAGAAGCCUGGCACGAGCGGUUUGAGGAAGAGGGUGACAGUCUUUCAACAGAAUGAGCACUAUGCGGAAAACUUCAUUCAGAGUAUCCUCUCUGUCGUGGAGCCGUCUGAGCGCCAGGCAGCCACUCUGGUAGUCGGGGGAGAUGGACGCUUUUACAUGAAAGAAGCAAUUCAGUUGAUCGUCCAGAUUGCUGCUGCUAACGGGAUUGGCCACCUGGUGAUCGGGCAGGAUGGCAUCAUGUCUACCCCAGCGGUCUCGUGUGUGAUCCGCCAGACCAAGGCGGUGGGGGGCAUCAUCCUCACAGCCAGCCACAACCCUGGGGGGCCCAAUGGAGACUUUGGCAUCAAAUACAACAUCGCCAGUGGAGGACCCGCCCCAGAGGGCAUCACCAACAAGAUCUACGAGGUCAGCAAAGGGCUGCAGGAGUACCCUAUCUGCCCGGAAAUAAAGGUGGACCUGUCUACCAUUGGCAAGCAGACCUUCCAGGUGGACUCUUUCAAGCCCUUUACAGUUGACAUCGUGGACUCUGUGGAGGCGUAUGGUGAAAUGCUAAGGGGCAUCUUCGACUUCCCUGCACUGAAGGAGCUUCUGUCGGGAGCCAAGCACAUCAACGUGCGGCUGGAUGCCAUGCACGGAGUUGUGGGCCCCUACGUGAAGAAGAUAGUCUGUGAGGAACUGGGCUCCCCAGCCUCAUCGGCCGUCUACUGUGUCCCUAAGGAGGACUUUGGGGGCCACCACCCUGACCCCAACCUGACCUACGCGGCCGACCUGGUCCAAGCCAUGAAGGGGGGCGAGUACGACUUUGGGGCCGCUUUCGAUGGAGACGGUGACCGCAACAUGGUGCUCGGUAAGCACGGCUUCUUCGUCAACCCCUCGGACUCGGUGGCCGUCAUCGCGGCCAACAUCACCAGCAUCCCCUACUUCCAGAGGACAGGCGUGAAGGGCCUGGCGCGCAGCAUGCCCACCAGCGCCGCACUGGACAACGUGGCCAAAGCACUGAAGAUGCAGCUGUACGAGACACCCACCGGCUGGAAGUUCUUUGGGAAUCUGAUGGAUGCGGGCAAGCUGUCACUCUGCGGUGAAGAGAGCUUCGGCACCGGUUCUGACCAUAUCCGUGAGAAAGAUGGCCUCUGGGCCGUGCUGGCCUGGCUGUCCAUCCUGGCCGUUCGCAAGCAGAGUGUGGAGGAGAUCAUGAAGGAGCACUGGCACAAGUUUGGCAGGAACUUCUUCACCAGGUAUGAUUAUGAGGAGGUGGACUCUGACGCAGCCAACAAGAUGAUCACAGAGCUGGAAGCGGCCAUGUUGGCUCCCUCUUUCGUGGGGAAGAAGUUCUCGUCUGGCGACAAGACAUACGAAGUGGCCGUCUCCGAUAACUUCGCCUACACCGACCCUGUGGACGGGAGCGUGUCUAAAAACCAGGGCCUGAGGAUAAUCUUCUCUGAUGGCUCCAGACUCAUCUUCCGUCUCAGCGGUACAGGCAGUGCAGGCGCGACCAUCAGGCUCUACAUAGACAGCUAUGAGAAGGACCCCCAGAAGAUCUACCAGGACCCACAGGUGAUGCUGGCACCGCUGGUGGACAUCGCUCUGAAGGUGUCCCAGCUCCAGGAGAAGACUGGGCGCACUAAACCCACAGUCAUCACAUGAUCCCCCCCUCACCCCUAACACAUCAAACACCCUGACGCGGCAAUCCUCCCAAACACACAAACGCAUAUCGGGACACCACUGAACCUUUCCCUGGCUGCGGGUGUCCUUCGUACCUAACCUAUCUUUUACCCAAUCACCAAGCAGAAGCGGAACCAGAACUCCAUCAUUGAUGAUUCCUGGUCUCCGACUCCGACUCAGAUCAAAGUCAGUCACAUGUCUCAAAGACCUAAUUAGUACGCAGUCCAUCUUUGAUUGUCCACAUCUCUAUUCUCUGCUUCUAAGUGGUGAAAUUGUGAACUCUGUAACCAAGGGCAACUUGUGACCCUACCUAGUGCCUUUCCUUCACAAGCCUACGAAAUAUCAACUAAAACACAUCAUGACAUUAACCAUCGGUUAACAAAAGUAUAUCAGAAAUAAAAAGAUUACCUCACACAAGAAACUGAAAA